UUGCCAUAGUAGAAAAAAAAAUUGUGGGACAGCUUUAUGCCAUAGUGAGAAGUGUGGCUCCAGAACACAAUGGCCCCCGCGGCCCUUUAAGACGCUCGUUCUGGGAGGCGCUUGAGUUCAGUUCAACACACCCGCCUGGCGCUUCGCUCGACGCCCAGGAAGAGAAACACCACACAUCUAUCGCCACAAGUUUAAAUAUGACGAUUCAUUUGUUGAUUUGACGUGUAUUCUGUCGUGUUUACGUUCCUGUAGCGGUAUUGAGGGCAAUAAUGCUGAAUGGUUGGACUAAUGAAGUUCAGUUUGGAUUUCUGCCGGUUACUGGGGCUCAGCGGCUCCAGUGAUGAGAGGCCAGAGGAGAUGGACACAGGUGCCCUCCCUGAGCAGAAUGACCACACACUCUCACAGGAUGUCUUAAAUGGUGAGGAAGGUCUUAGUGAGGAGGAGAAGGCCAGACGGAAAGCAGAGAGACGCAAAGCCAAAAGGAAGCGCCAACGUCAGCGGAAGAAAUUAGAACAGGGGAAAAAGGAUGAAAGUACUGAACAGGGGGAGGAGAAUGCUGGAGCUGAUUCUGAACUUGACGAGUCUGAGGAGUCUGAGUCAGAGGAGUUGGAAUGUAUUGGCCUUUCGAAGGUGGAAGAGAAGCCAGUUGCUCCUCAAAGUAAAAGUCCUUCUGGACCUCCGCUGGCAUCAGGGAACAAAAGCAACCGGCAGCCGGCGGCCCGUUCUAGUGAGGAGGACCCAGGCUGGGAUGUGAACAGUGCUUUUGUUGCCAAUGCUGUCAGUCACAUUCGACCCAAAACUAAAAGUAAAGGAGCUCACAAGUCGAAAGAGAACAAGGAAAAUGAGAGCAGGACAGGAGAAGUCAUAGGUUUAUCAGAUGCUAAAACUAAAAGAAGUGCCUUACUAGUAGAAAAAGGGAUUCGAUUUGUUCAGGAGGGUCAGUACACACAAGCUGUUAGUCUGUUUACAGAGGCCAUCAAAUGUGACCCGAAAGACUACAGGUUUUUUGGAAAUCGCUCCUACUGCUACUGUUGUCUGGAGCAGUAUCCUCUGGCCCUCGCAGAUGCUGAGAAGUCCAUUCAAAUGGCUCCUGAUUGGCCCAAAGGCUAUUACCGCAGGGGAAGUGCACUUAUGGGGCUUAAGAGGUACAGUGAAGCUGAGAAAGCCAUGGAACAGGUGCUAAAACUGGACCAAGAUUGCGAAGAAGCAGUCAAUGACCUCUUGUACUGUAAAUUGCAACAACUUUUGGAUCUUGGCUAUGAUGAGGAACAGAGUAUUCAAUUGCUGGACAAAUACAACACGGUGCAGGCUGUUGUUGCAGCCAAGGCUUCAAAUCAGGACUCUGCUCUCCUCCAACCAGGUCCUUGCAGUUCCCUGUGGGUGGGCAACGUGACCACAGAACUGACAGAGAAACAUUUGCGGGACCUCUUCAAAAUUUAUGGAGAAAUUGACAGCAUCCGGGUUCUGCACGAACGUUUCUGUGCGUUUGUUAACUUUAAGAAUGCCAACAUGGCCUCCCGUGCAAUGGAGAAACUCAAUGGACAUUUUAUUGAGAAUACCCGACUAGUGGUUCGAUAUCCAGAUCGACGGAUUCAGAGAGUCCUUCCAACACCUGCCAUUCAACAACCUGCAGGGGCUUCUGGGCCAAGACGCAGAGGUCCUGUCAACGGAGAUGAGUGUUACUUCUGGAGGACCACCGGCUGUCAUUUUGGAGAUGGGUGUCGCUAUAAGCACAUUCCUGAUCAUCGAGGCAAAGACUGGCAACCUUGAGUCAACGCUAGCCUCUCUUUUUCUCUCCCCUAAGAACUCUGGGAGAUGACUGCAUGAUUGUUGGGACUGUAAUCUUCACUUUGAUUAUCUGUAGGUCAGGACCAGUAUUGUGGAUCAGAAUCUUCUGACGGCUCUCUUGAGUGCUUCACUGUCAGACUCCGAACCUCACGGGGUUUCAAAGCAGACGGGACUCUGGGAAAAGAGUCUCUUUUGAGGUGAGGUUUGGGUGGUGCAGAGUGCCGCAUCGCAUCGCCGUCUGCUGAGGUCUACACAGCCUCUCAUAUCAUAUGAUCUCUUCUCUCUUCCUGUGCUAACUCCACCAACCCAAAGAAGAGCCGUAGAUCUGGUCUGACAUUUGAGUUCAAUUCCAAGAGAAUGACUUUGAUUCUGUAUUUGAGGAUGGGAGAAACAUACCAAAGAAUAAUACUAUGCCAUAUGUGGAUUUUACGUUGAGAGAGAAAAAGGCUUUCAGGGAAAAUUAGCUUAUUAGUUUUACUUGUGUGUUUUGAUUUGUUUCCACCACCUCAAACACACUCCAGCUCUUCAUUCAUCCAUAUUUCUAAGGGGACUUUUCCCGCUAAUUCUCUCAAAAGGCCCCAAAUUUAAGACAUUUGAGGGCAUGUCAGUAUUGCAAAGGGUUAGAGCAAUUAUUUGAAUCUUUCAAAGAAAUUACGUCUCUUGAUAAAUUAUUUUCAAUUCUCCUUUUUGAUUUGUCUUGCAGUCUUGCACUUUACCAUAUCAGAUGAUCUGUGGGUUGUUCCUCAAGCGAAAAACAUGGUCUUCCCCUUUAAGAAAGAUGAGUAGAUGUUUGGUCAGAAUCAUGUUGCUAAAGGUAUUGAUGAUCUGUGGUCAUCGGUGGUAUUUUUUUCAUGGUAUUUUCCAAUCGCCAUUUAGAUAUUAUUUACAUUUAUCUAUAAAUAUGAACAUGGAAUAAUGAUUUCACGUAAUGCGAUCACAAACGCAGUUUUUGGUCAUGGAUCAUGUUAUGCUGCUCCACGAAAUGCAGAAAAUCUUAUGCAAGAGCUCUGAGACGCAGGAAACUCUUGCUUUGGCACUUUUCAUACCAUCAGCGCAAAGUUGAUCGGGUGGUUUUCAUCAUUUCCUCUUUUAUUUAACAUUCUUGCUCGGGUUUUAGUGGAUGUGAAGGAAGUUGGCUGUUUGAGAUAGUUCGUCAUGUCUUCCACCUCAUCAUCUUGUAGAACAGCAUGCACAUUUUUUAAGUUAUUGUUGGUAUGAUAAUGAUUUCAUCAAGCAAUAUUCUUGUUUCAAUGCAUUUGAAAACCCUCAUAACCUCGUUGUGCUGUUCUGACACACUUAUCCAAAGAACACUAAUGUUUACCUAGUGUACCACAGACAAACACAUUGCUAUUUUUGUACGAUACACUAUUUACGACGUGUCAGUUAAUGACACUUCCUCAGUUUUUAGAUAUGACUGCAUGGGUUUUUAUGCAGGCUGUAGUCACACUAGUGCUUUUAGUUUAGUUGGGCUUCUUUUGACUCUGUGACAGUCCAGAGUGCCUUCAAAAUGUUUGCUUUCCUAUCAGAUGAGUUAUUUUAGCAUCCCCCAUGAACAACGGGAAAGUGACUUUUACUUUAGGCUGUGAAUGGAAUAAUACCGAAGAGUAAUGUGUGUCCAGAGAAAUGUCAGUUUUGUUGGUUUGGGACUGAGGCAUACACUUGUGGUUCUCAUCAUUUUUUUUAACGCCUGUAUGUUCAAAUAAAUUAUUUUUAGGAUUUAAAAAAAAAUUUUUUUUUUUUAGAAGUAUGAAAACAGCAACAAUUUCUCACUGUUGUGCUGCUCAAAGAUCCCUUUAUAGAGUUCAGUCAUGCAUUAAAGAAUAUUUAUCACUCAAAUGGAGGAUUUUCUGUCUCUUUUUGCCUUUUUUUCUCCACUUUCUCUGUAUCCGUUUUAUU